UUUAACGGCUGGCGUUGUGUGUGGUGAAAUUUUAUUUUCUGUUUAUUUGGAGAAGCUAAUUUGAGAAAUAAGCUCUUUAGCAUUUCACUUUACGGCUGCUUUUGGUGUUAAUAUGUUGUGAAAAUCAUUGAAUUUGCGAAUUGAAAUUCGAUUUCUUUCGGAAGCUUCGACAAAAAUAAUAACGACAUUGACGCAAUAUUAAGCGUUUAUUAUGUGUGAAACUGUUUGGUGUUGUAUGAAAAGUGCUCACGAGUUUUCUGCAACCAGUGGCCAUAAGCAAAUUUAAAUAAUUAAAUUUUGUAAACAAAUAUUAAUUGUUGUAUGGUUUAAAUAUAGAUCUCGUAGUGAUCAGUAACUAAUUGAAAUUGAAGUUUAAAUAAUCUCAUGAAUGAAUCAGUUAAAUAAAUUGUAGUUAUUAUUUUAAGCGAAAUAUUCUAAAAAUGUGCGAUUCACAUAAUGAGCUUUUGCGGCAAACGCAGACACCACAAAUGACAGUGAAUAAACAAGAUAGCCCCCUGGGCACCCCCACCAAACUGGCAAAUCAAUUUUGGUUCUCAUAUCCGCCACCGGGCGCUGGCGUAUGCUCUUCCAACAGCAAAACAUCGCAAACGGACGAGGAGAAGCAACGCGACCGACAGCGCAGCGAACGCGAAGCGAAGAAAGAGGAGCAGGACGCCAUCAAUUACAAGCGCGAUAAAGAAGCACGUGAGGCGUGUUUGCUCGAUUUGGAGAUUCGCCGACAGCAGAAACGUGAGGAGCAUAAGCGACAAUAUCAGUUGCAACAACAACAACAUCAGCAGCAACAACAAUCACAAGCAGGCACGAGCGAGAAGAGUCCACCCACGACUCGGGCCAGUCACAACAACAACAGCAACUGCAACAACAGCACGUGACUGGCGCUGGCAGCAGCAGUAGCGGAACGACCACAGCGCCCCGCAUACAAACGCCACCAGGUCGUUCGUGUCCGCCGGCGUUUCGCAGUCGAUCCAUCGAGCGUGAGCUACACUACGAGCGCAAAAGGUAUUCGGUACCGGAAACAG